AUGCAUGAUGCGGAAGCGCAUGGCCAACCGCCACCACCUCAUUCCAACGUGUCCCCAGCUGGAGAACGCAAAAACUUCAGGUCCCUUCCGCCACCGCCUACGCGCGUCAUCGGUCUGAAUGACAAAUUGCCGCCCCCGCGUCGUCAUGUGCCGUCGGGCUCAUCCAGUGAGUCAGAGGAAGAAGAAUUCAAGAAGGUUGAGCUGCUCCCCGAUGCUAGUCGCGCAUCUCGCAGGCCACCUACUGUCGAUUGUCAUAACUACUCUGAAUUUAAUAUUCAUGUGCCCGCAUACACCAGCGUCGUGACAGUGGCCGGCCAUACGGUUGCAGUGGCGCACCAUCAUCAUAUCAGGAUAUAUGACCUUGCCGUGUCGGAUACCCCAAUAUGGAACAUCGACACGAAGGACGUGGGGCUUGACAAGCUGAAUGGAUUCAAAGUCACCGCGAUGGAGUUUCGGCCAUCAGCAAGUGACGGCGACAGGGGGUGCUUCCUGUGGAUCGGGACGAAGGACGGCGCGCUGCUCGAGCUCGACGUCAGGACGGGUGCCAUCGUCGGCGUCAAGCCUGCUGCGCAUGCGCACACGGUGACGCACAUGUUCCGAUAUGCACGGUCGAUGGUGACAAUGGACGACACGGGCAAGGUGCUCGUGUUCUCGCCAGAACAUGAAGGGAGCGAGGAUAUCCGCCUGACAUCCACACAGCCGCGGGUGGUGCGCAUUGCGGACAAGCAGGAGUUCGCAAAGAUGCUCGGCGGGCAGCUAUGGACGUCGAUGCGUGACCUAGGCGGCGCGAGCACCGUCGCAAGCACGUCGCGUGGGCCGAUCGUGCGCGUGUACGACGUCUUCUCACCUGGAAGCAUCGGGCGUUCAAUAUUACCAUCUGAGCACCUCGGCGCAGUUACAUCGGGUACAAUCCUGCCAUCGCACGCGGACCACGUCUACCUUGGGCACGAAGGCGGGCACGUUUCCGUGUGGAAUCUCGCGACAAAGGACCACAUACCGGCAUGCGAGGAGGUGAUCAAGGUGUCAACUUCCGAUGUGUUGAGCUUGGAGGGCGUGAACAAUAGAUUGUGGGCGGGCGGGCGGGUUGGCAUGGUCUCUGCGUACGACGUCGUCCCGAGGCCGUGGGUCGUGACGAAUUGUUGGCAAGCGCAUACAAAACUGCCUGUGCUGCGGUUGGCGGUGGACACUUGGAGUAUCGAGAAGCUUGGUAGACUGACUGUAUUCAGUGUUGGUAGGGACGAGAGGCUGCGUUUCUGGGAUGGUCUGCUUGGGACUGAGUGGGUCGACAACGAACUCAUGAAACGCGAAGGCGAGUUCAGUACGUUCAGGAACAUCAACGCGAUCAUCAUCUCGUGGAACCUCGACUCCGCCAAACCAGACGUAUUGACGGGAUGUCCAGAGAAUGUGAAUUUUCUGCACGACGCGCUCACGAGUAUCGAGGACCCCGACAUCAUCGCGUUCGGGUUCCAAGAACUCAUCGAUCUCGAAAGCCGCAAGAUGGCCGCUAAGACGGUGCUGCUGGGCGGGAAGAACAAAAACGCCGACGGAAUGAUAUCGCAGAAGGUCACUACAGCAUACAAGAAAUGGUUCGACCGUCUCGGCCUCGCGGUCAAGCUAGCUAUGCCACCGGACGUGCCGUAUACCGUCAUUCAUACAGAGAACCUUGUCGGGCUUUUCAGCUGCGUCUUCGUCAAGAAUGUUGAGCGAGUAUCACUAAAACACGUAGCAAUCACUACUAUCAAGCGCGGCAUGGGUGGACGGUAUGGUAACAAGGGCGGCAUUGUUGCGCGGUUUGUCAUUGAUGACACGUCCCUUUGUUUCAUUAAUUGCCACCUUGCUGCUGGACAACAUCACGUCCGCCAUCGCAAUGCCGACGUUGCAGCAAUUUUGGAGGAGAAAUCGGUAUUCCCCGAGUCGGACGCGAUCGAGGAACCUCUAGCAUAUGUGAAUGGCGGUGAUGGUUCCAUGGUGCUUGACCAUGAGAUGGUCUUUAUCAAUGGUGACAUGAAUUACCGCAUUGAUCAGCGCCGGGAACCUGUCAUAGCCGCUGUCAGGGCUGGCGAGUUCGAAAGUCUUCUGGCUCACGACCAGCUGCUGAAAGAAAUGAAGUUCAACCGCGGCUUUCGUUUACGGUCCUUCGUCGAGGGACCAAUCACUUUCCCGCCGACGUACAAGUACGACAGGCGGUCAAACGAGUACGACACGUCGGAUAAGGCCCGAGUUCCCGCCUGGUGCGAUCGAGUACUGUGGCGGUCGCGUGAACCAUCUCGCGUCACGCAACUUCAUUACAAGCGCUACGAGGCGAACGUGUCGGACCACCGACCGAUUUCUGCUGGCUUCAGAAUCACUGUUAAGUCGGUGCAGCACGAGGCUCGGGCGCGAGUUAGGGCAGAGAUAGUGGCGAUGUGGAAGCAACACGAACAGAACCUCCUGCAGGCAGCACAGCAGUUCUUCAUUGAUCAGGCGAUGAUAUGA